AGUGGGACCCCGGCGUGUGCCCCUGCUUUGUGAGGAACUUGAGGUCCGGGCCUCGUCCACGCGCUCCGGUCCACCGGAGGACUCAGGGCUGGCAGUGUCAGUGACAGCCACAGGGGCCCUGACUUGCUCUUAGGAUGGAGCGAAAUGUAGAGGAGGCUUUGGAGCGGGCAAGUGAUAUUAUUGAGAAUGUCCAGCAGCAGCCCCCUCCAGCGAGACCCGCAUCUAAUGGGGAAAAAACUCUUCAGGAAAAACUGUAUGACAUUUAUGUUGAAGAAUGUGAAAAAGAGCCUGAGGCAGAGGGCCUUCGAAGCAAUGUCAACUUGCUAGAGAAGCUGAUGAAGAGAGAGGCGUUGCCAUGUUUAGUGGUCAACCUGUACCCCGAAAAUCAGGGCUAUUCUCUCAUGCUCAAGGACAAAGAGGGAGCCCUUAUAGAGCCCCUUCCAGUGUCUUAUGUAGGACAGAAACUGCUUGAAUAUUUGGAUGCUGAAGAGUUACCUUCUUUUCUGAUUGAUGUCCUGGAAAAGUCUCCUGUGAAUGUUUUUCACCACGGGUGUGUCAUAGCAGAAAUCCGAGACUUCAGGCAGUGCGGUAGCAUCUACCCUCCUGAGGAGCCUGGUCCAGAGCCUGCUGCUGCGUCUACGGUGCCCUCUCUUGCUUACCAAACUCGGCAUGUUCUCUUACGUCCAACCAUGCAGACGCUAGUGAGUGACGUAGAGUCCAUAACAACAAGUGAUAACCGUCAGUGGACCCAGGAAGAAAAACUUGAGCUUGAGAGCCAACUGCUCUUAGCUACAGCAGAGCCACUGUGUCUGGAUCCCUCUGUUGCUGUCACCUGCACGACCAACAGACUGCUGUUUAAUGAGCAGAAGAUGAUGACAGACUUCAUGAAACAAAGCUUCACGAGGCAUGCGUGGCCCUAUCAAGAACUGGAGGGAGAUAAGUGUAUACGUACGAGUCCUCCUGAUGUUACAACGAUGAUUGCGUGCAGAAAACGAGCAGAGAAAAAACCAGGUGACUAUGACCUGAAGAUUGCUGAAGCAGGAAAGUGUGUGGAUAUGUGGAAGCAGAGACCCUGUGAGUUGGUGGCCCCUUCAGAGGUGGACGUGCAGAAAUAUGCUAGAGGAAAGCCGCCCGUGUCCCACGAUGACUCAGCAUCAACAAACUGGCCAGCUCCGGAGGUAAAAUAUAGUUAUGUAUUUGAUUGUGAAGAGGGCAGUCAGCCAUGGGAAACAAAGCCAAGUGUGACUCAGUCCCUUAGUGACCCAUUUUUUUCUCCUGAAAUAGGGCCACCAACAGAGGGCAGAUGUGAUAGCCAGAUCUAUCUUCCCCAGGUUGACCCAAGUGAUUGUUCACUUGGUUCUAAAGCUGGGGAAAAGACUCAGUCUGGGUAGGCAUUGAGUGUGUGCCAAGGGUCUGUCCAGAGCAAGGCUGAGUGUUUAGGCAAAAGGCUGCAGGGAUCCACUGACUCCAUCUAUCUUGGCCAGCCCUCCCUAGGGUGGAAGGCCAAAUCUCAUUCAGGGAUAUCCCCAGUCUUAGAGAUGAGAGUUAAGACUCCAGCUCCACUGUUCACACUGCCUCCACCUCAGGACAGGGCUCUCCAGCAAUCAGUCUUCCCUCAGUAGCAGGCAGAGGUAGGAAGCUUCCGAGACUUGCUCCUUCUCUCCAAUCAGCCAGCCUGGCUCAGCAAAUCUCCUGGGGAGUGAGCAGUGCUAACAUCCUUCCUCCAGCUGUCCAGCCCUGUGCCAGCUCAUCAAAGAGCCAGCCAGCCACCUAGGGCCCCAGCAGUGGCACUGGCCAAAAUGUCAUCAAUUUGUUGGUCCUAGCACAGGCAGCCCCUGUUUUGAAGAGUAGUCCAUCCCAGGUGUGGCGCUUCCCCACUAGUACCCCAGCAUUUAGAGAAACCUUUUCCAGAGGCUUUCUGCCUCCUAGAGCUCAGAUGCCCAGUACCCAGAUCAGAGCACCACAGAGCUCUGAGCAGAUAUCUGUGAAAUGGUCAAAAAUACUUGAGGCCCCGUAACUGUCAGGCUUCAACCUGGCUCUGUCAUUUUGCACCCAGAGUCACAAAUACAGCAGCCGCAGCCAUGGUUGCAGCCACAGCAACCAUAGCAGCAGCUGUCACAGGCACCGCUGUA